UAACAAUAGGCAUCCGCCAAUUGCUUCUCUAUCUCCUUUCAUACACGCCUUCAUCUCAACCCUAACCCUAGAUAUCUCCUCCUCCUCCGUCCAAAAGUUUCCUUAUUCCUUAAUCUGCUUUCUUUCGCUUAGAUUCUUGUCUUGUAUCGAUCGGCUGCAGGAUCCCUGCAGGUUGAGCAGAUUCUGAGGUGAAGGUGUUGCGUUGAAGGGUUUUUUAUGUCCGAACAGGCCAUCAUCUAUUUGGGAUCAGUUGGGUUGCUUGGACAGUAUUUUCCUUCGUCUAGAAAAAAGUACAGGCCCCUGCCCAGAAAAAUCAGCUGCAUGCAUCUCGAGCCAUAUCAGGAAUCCCCCGAGUUCUGUGGUUGCUGCUGGUGGCAGCCUCCUAUAGUUACAGGAGGGUCUUAUUCCCAAGUCCUUGCAGCCUUUAAGGCCAAGACUGCUGCUUCUGGUUCUUCAAAUUACAAAAUUUGCUGUGCUUGAUAUCUAGAUUAUCUUUUGGAAUUUCACUACUUAUCAUCAUGGCUUUACAAAACAUUGGAGCUGGAAACAAUGAUGAUGCCUUCUACAGAUAUAAGAUGCCCAAAAUGAUCACCAAAAUUGAGGGUAGAGGUAAUGGCAUCAAAACCAAUGUAGUUAAUAUGGUUGAUAUUGCAAAGGCAUUGGCAAGGCCAGCUUCUUACACAACCAAGUAUUUCGGUUGUGAGCUUGGAGCCCAAUCGAAAUUUGAUGAGAAAACGGGGACUUCUCAUGUUAACGGGGCACAUGAAACUUCAAAGCUUGCCGGUCUUCUGGAGAACUUCAUCAAAAAAUAUGUUCAGUGUUACGGUUGUGGAAAUCCGGAAACUGAGAUCAUGAUCACCAAGAGUCAAAUGAUCCAGCUGAAAUGUGCGGCCUGUGGCUUUGUGUCAGAUGUGGAUAUGAGAGACAAGCUGACCACCUUUAUACUCAAGAAUCCUCCUGAGUUCAAGAAAGGGUCCAAAGACAAGAAGGCCAUGAGGAGGGCUGAGAAGGAGAGACUGAAAGAAGGUGAAGCAGCUGAUGAGGAGCUGAAAAAGUUGAAAAAGGAGGUUAAGAAGAAGGGUUCUUCCACUUCCAAGGAGGGAGCCACAAAAUCCAAAAAGAAAGCCAAUGGCUCUGAUGAAGACCGUGCAUCACCCACCCACAGUCAAAUUCGGGAGGAAGCUCCUGUUGAGGACGAGGAUGAUGAUGAAGAUGUCCAAUGGCAGACGGAUACAUCACUGGAGGCUGCUCGCCAGCGUAUCCAAGAGCAGUUAAGUGCUGUGACGGCUGAGAUGGUCAUGCUGUCGACAGACGAGCCAGAGAAGAAGCCAAAAGCAGCUAACGAGGUGAAUGGUGGGCUUGAGAACGGAAACUCAAAUCCCUACAGGUCUCUGGUUGAGGAUGUCAAAUCUUAUUUGAAGAAGGGUCCAUCUGCUGAGGAACUGCAGCACCAAUUAGCAGGGCUCACUGCAUCCUCUCAGGAAAAAAUGAAUGCUCUGUUUGAGGCCCUUGUUGACGGUGUUGAUAAAGGAUACGCCAAAGAAGUUGUCAAGAAGAGGAGCUACCUUGCUGCUGCUGUCGCCGGGGAGGAAGGAUCGCAGAUGCUUUUGCUCCAUGCAAUGGAGGACUUCUGUUGCAAGAGCGGCUCGAAUGCUUUGAAGGAGAUUGCGCUGAUGCUGAAGGCACUCUAUGAUGCUGAUGUUCUGGAGGAAGAGCACAUAGUGCGGUGGUAUCAGAAAGGGCUGAAGGGAGACUCCAAGGACGCUAAGAUAUGGAAGAAUGCUCAACCAUUCAUUGAAUGGCUUCAAAAUGCAGAAUCAGAAUCAGAGGAAGAAUAAUGUGUUGUGUUGAAGUUUCUUUUUUUGUUCUAUUUCGUAUCUUGUGUCUUCGGUUUCAAAUAAAGGGUCUAGUUGGCCCUAUGUUUGCUGAGCGUUGCUAUAGACUGAGAUUUGUUGCAUUUUGUACUCGAUUCUGGGUGACCCAUUUUGGGCUGAGCUGGGAUGUCGUGCGUGUUAUUUCUGUUAUUUCUAUUUUGUAUUGCUUAAUCGUGUUUGUCUGAAAUCGUCUGUGUUGUGAUGUUAUGAAAUUUCCCUAUUUAGAUGAUUUUUAAAGAA